AUGGAUUGCACGGCACUGGAGCACGAUGCAGUUAAAUUUGCUAAAACUGCUGUCAUCUGCGACCAGAAUGGAAAAUACAACGAGGCUGUCUUCUAUUAUAAGGUAACGUUAAGGACUAUCACACUGAAAUGGCUUUUACUUUAACCUGCAUCUUAUGGUCAACAUUGUGGAAAAGACUACUUGAUCACUGAUGCACUUUUAGCCUUUAGAAGUGGCAUCCCAGUGUUUACACCUGUGUAACAAACGGUAUGUAUUCAGCCUUUAAGGGGUAUCCAGAAGCUCAAAUAAUAUAGGGUACUAUCGUAGAGGUACUUGACCAAUGGUUAAGACACUCGCUUUUAUUUUGCUACAUUAAAAUUCAUUUAUGUAAUUUUGAAAGCGAUAAUGUUGGUGUUGUAUGUGAUAUUAGGAGGCGGCGCAAGCCCUGAUCUACGCCGGCAUGGCAGGGUCUAAACUGGAGGGCAUCCAGGAUAAAGUCAAUGAGUACCUGGACCGGGUUCAGGCCCUGCACAAUGCUGGUGAGUCCACCUCAACAGCGUAGGGAAACUGGUGAUCCUCCAUAACCACUUCUGACCCUAACUUCAUUCACUCUCAUACUCCAUCCAGAAUGCUUGGGCCCGUAUUCAUAAAGCAUAUCAGAGAGUAGCCUAUAGUGCAUUCGGAAAGUAUUCAGAACCCUUGACUUUUUCCACAUUUUGUUAUGUUACAGCCUUAUUCUAAAAUGGAUUACAAUUAUUUUUCCUCCCUCAUCAAUCUACACACAAUGCCCCAUAAUGACAAAGCGAAAACAGGUUUUUAGAAAUGUUUGCAAAUGUAUUAAAAAUAAGAAACAGAAAUACCUGAUUUACAUAAGUGUUCAGACCCUUUGCUAUGAGACUCAAAUUGAGCUCAGGUGCAUCCUGUUUCACUUGAUCAUCCUUGAGAUUUGUCUACAACUUGAUUGGAGUCCACCUGUGGUAAAUUCAAUUGAUUGGAUUUGAUUUGGAAAGGCACACAGCUGUCUAUAUAAGGACCCACAAUUGACCGUGCAUGUCAGAGCAAAAACCAAGCCAUGAGGUCAAAGGAAUUUUCCGACAGGAUUGUGUCAAGGCACAGAUCUGGGGAAGGGUACCAAAACAUUUCUGCAUCAUUGAAGGUCCUCAAGAACGCAGUGGCCUCCAUCAUUCUUAAAUGGAAGAAGUUUGGAACCACCAAGACUCUUCCUAGAGUUGGCCGCCCGGCCAAACUGAGCAAUCGGGGGAGAAGGGCCUUGGUCAGGGAGGUGACCAAGAACCUGAUGGUCACUCUGACAGAGCUCCAGAGUUCGUCUGUGGAGAUGGGAGACCUUCCAGAAGGACAACCAUCUCUGCAGCACUCCACCAAUCAGGCCUUUAUGGUAGAGUGGCCAGACAGAAGCCACUCCUCAGUAAAAGGCACAUGACAGCCCACUUGGAGUUUGCCAAAAGGCACCCAAAGGACUCUGACCAUGAAAAACAAGAUUCUCUGGUUACUAGUUAGGAUUGAGGGAAAGAUUAACAGAGCAAAAUACAGAGAGAUCCUUGAUGAAAACCUGCUCCAGAGCACUCAGGACCUCGGACUCGGGCGAAGGUUCACCUUCCAACAGCACAACGACCCUAAGCACACAACCAAGACAAUGCAGGAGUGGCUUCGGGACAAGUCUCUGAAUGUCCUUGAGUGGCCCAGCCAGAACCCGGACUUGAACCGGCUCGAACAUCUCUGGAGAGACCUGAAAAUAGCUGUGCAGCGACGCUCCCCAUCCAACCUGACAGAGCUUGAGAGGAUCUGCAGAGAAGAAUGGGAGGAACUCCCCAAAUAUGGGUGUCCCAAGAAGACUUGAGGCUGUAACCGCUGUCUAAGGUGCUUUGACAAAGGACUGAGUAAAGGGUCUGAAUACUUAUGUAAAUGUCAUAUUUCUGUUUUUUUUUUAAUACAUUUGCAAAAAUGUAUAAAAACCCAUUUGUGCUAUGUCAUUAUGGGGUAUUGUGUAGAUUGCUGAGGAAAAAAAACAAUUUAAUCAAUUUUAGAAUAAGGCUGUAAGGUAACAAAAUGUGGAAAAAGUCAAGGGGUCUGAAUACUUUCCGAAUGCACUGUAUCUAGUCCUUAGCCUAUCUAAUGUUGGAUCACAGUAAACUUACAGCGAGUUUCCUUCUGAGUCAUUCUUUCCAUGACCUACGGAACAGCGUACAGUUCACGUCACAUGUGUGUGCGCUUGUGUGUGUGUGCAUGUUUGUGCGAGACGUGAGGGCCUUCGCUUGUGUUUAUGAAACUGGCCCACAGAUUGAGUUUGAGUUUAUUUUUUAUUUUUACAGGGACAGUGCACAUUAAUCAACGUUUCAGUAAAAGUGCCGGUUUAAGCCAGCCGCCUAAUUUUCAACCGCAGUCCCUGGGCAGGUUAUUAAAAACAAUUUACAAUAACAAUACAGACAAACAAUGAGCAGUGAGCACAUGCAGAGCAACACAGGACAAGUAGCACGCAGACAGAGCAAUAGCACAAAAAGCAACAAAACUAAAUACAUAAAAGCAACAAGGUGUUUGUGGGUGUGUCCCGUUAAGUUGGAGAGUGGGUGUGACUCGGGUUCAUACUGUACGGUGGCCCGGGCCUAGAAGUAUGUCAACAUGGCAUUGUGCCUCUUUAAUAUCUCUGUCGCUGAAGAGGGUCAUGUUACUGUAUUCAAGUUGAUAUGAGGCACAAGCCUUAUUUGGGUAGAGGAAAGCUCUUUCAUUGUUUUCAGCGUUUCUCAAUGCAGUAGUUGGCAGCAGCUAUCCUAAUAUAUCCACAUCACCUCAAAUAUAUCACACCUAUAUUUCCCUCAUCCAGUUGUUAUUUUCUUAGUCAGCCUCUCAUUGAGGGUAGCCUAGUGGUUAUAGCUCUGGGCCAGUAACCGAAGGGUUGCUGGUUUGAAUACCAGAGUUGGCAAGGUGAAAAAUCGGUCGUGCCCUUGAGUAAUGCACUUAACCCAAAUUUGCUACAGGGGCGCCGUACUACUAUGGCUGUAAAACAACACAUUUCACUGCACCUAUCCAGUGUAUGUGAAAAUAAAUAUUUUUAAUGUUCCAUUGUGUCUUACUUACCUUUGACCCCAUACAGUUCAAGCUCAAAGUAGCGACCCUCUGAAGAGCAAGCAGCAGGUGGAUCUGGAGCGGGCCCACUUCCUGGUCACACAGGCCUUUGAGGAGGAUGAGAAGGGCAAUGGGGACGAGGCCAUCGAACUCUACACACAGGCCGUGGAACUCUGCAUCCAGACGGUAGGGGCUGCUCAGGAAAGGCCCAGGCUUCUUUUAGGCCUGCUGUGAGAUUACAGAGGCAACUUUCACCACCAAUGCUCUUGUACUGAGCAAAUCAACAACAACAAAAUGAGCUGUACUCUCUGCUAUUCAGACCACUGUAUAAAACAUUAUACAGUAUGUUAAUUCCUGGGUCAUCACCAGGUCCAAUGAAGGUGUAGUCAGGAACGAGUAUAAGAACUGCUUAUUUGGAUUAGGCCAUGAACAGACUGAUGCCCCAUUAGCCUUCAUUGUAUGUAUUGACAUCCCUCUUGACCUACUUUCUAGGGUACAUAAUAUGUGUGGCAGGUGUCAAGUGUAACUCCCUUCUCACUCCUUUUCUCACAGUCUAAUGAUACGACAGACCAGGGGCUGCAGGGCAAACUGAAGCAGCUGGCUCGUCAGGCCCUCGAUAGGUAAGGAGGUCACUCUCCCCUCCUCUCUAGUGUCAUAUUUCUACAUUUCUAGUGUUGUAUGUAUACAGUGCAUUCGGAAAGUAUUCAGACCCCUUUACUUUUUCCACAUUUUGUUACGUUACAUCCUUAUUUUUAAAUGGAUUAAAUAAAUACAAAUUAUCAUCAAUCUACAUACAAUACCACAUAAUGAAGAAGCGAAACAGGUUUUUAUACAUUUUUGAAAAUGUAUUACAAAUAAAAAACAGAAAUACCUUAUUUACAUAAGUAUUCAGACCCUUUGCUGUGAAACUCGAAAUUGAACUUCGGUGCAUCCUGUUGCCGUUGAUCAUCCUUGAGAUGUUUCUACAACUUGAUUGGAGUCCACCUGGUGGUAAAUUUCAUUGAUUGGACAUGAUUUGGAAAGGCACACACCUGUCUAUAUAAGGUCCCACAGUUGACAGUGCAUGUUAGAGCAAAAACCAAGCCAUGAGGUCGAAGGAAUUGUCCGUAGAGCUCCGAGACAGGAUUGUGUCGAGGAACAGAUCUGGGGAAGGGUACAAAAAAAUGUCUGCUGCAUUGAAAGUCCCCAAGAACACACUGGCCUCCAUCAUUAUUAAAUGGAAGAAGGUUGGAACCACCACGACUCUUCCUAGAGCUGGCCGCCCGGCCAAACUUGAGCAAUCGGGGGAGAAGGGCCUUGGUCAGGGAGGUGACCAAGAACCCGAUGGUCACUCUGUCAGAGCUCCAGAGUUCCUCUGUGGAUAUGGGAGAACCUUCCAGAAGGACAACCAUCUCUGCAGCACUCCACCAAUCAGGCUUUUAUGGUAGAGUGGCCAGACGGAAGCCACUCCUCAGUAAAAGGCACAUAAUAGACUGCUUGGAGUUUGCCAAAAGGCACCUAAAGGACUCUGACUAUGAGAAACAAGAUUCUCUGGUCUGAUGAAAGCUCUUUGGCCUGAUAGCCAAGCGUCACAUCUGGAGGAAACCUGGCACCAUCCCUACGGUGAAGCAUGGUGGUGGCAGCAUCAUGCUGUGGGAAUGUUUUUCAGCGGCAGGGACUGGGAGGCUAGUCAGGAUCGAUGGAAAGAUUAACGGAUCAAAGUACAGAGAGAUCCUUGAUGAAAACCUGCUCCAGAGCGCUCAGGACCUCAGACUAGGGGCGAAGGUUCCCCUUCCAACAGGACAACAACCCUAGGUACACAGCCAAGACAACGCAGGAGUGGCUUUGGGACAAGUCUCUGAAUAUCCUUGAGUGGCCCAGCCAGAGCCCGGACUUGAACCCAAUCAAACAUCUCUGGAGAGACCUGAAAAUAGCUGUGCAGCAACGCUCCCCAUCCAACCUGACAGAGCUUGAGAGGAUCUUCAGAGAAGAAUGGGAGAAACUCCCCAAAUACAGGUGUGCCAAGCUUGUAGCGUCAUGCCCAAGAAGAAUCGAGGCUGUAAUCGCUGCCAAUGGUGCUUUAACAAAGUACUGAGUAAAAGGUCUGAAUACUUAUGUAAAUGUGAUAUUUCAGUUUUUUAUUUUUAAUAAAUGUGGCAAAACAAAAUUGCUUUAUCCUUAUGAAUCUAUUCACAAUACCCCAUAAUUACAUUUUUUUUAUUAAAAUCAAUUUUAGAAUAAGGCUGUAACUUAACAAAAUGUGGAAAAAGUCAAGGGGUCUGAAUACUUUCCGAAUGCGCUGUAAAUGAUCAAGGAACACCAACCAACCAACCAACCAAGCACUUUGUUUCUCUCCAGGGCGGAGGGGCUGAAGGAGUCCCAGUCCGCCAGUCCCUUAGCCCAGUCGCCACAGGACAGGCCGGGGCCCUCAGGGGCCAAACCCAGUGGGGGGCCUUGCCCCGUCAGACAGUUCUUCCCCCUGGGGCCUGACUUCUCCCUCCAGGACCGCCCCCAGCCAGUCAGGGCGGUCCAAUCCAGCGAGCCGCAAGGCCAGCGCUACACCUCAGAGGAGAUAGAGGUGCUCAGGUGAGCAGGCUGGGAUCUAUCUGGACUCUGGAGAAUCAUAGAACAUAGUCAACACAUUGAGUUUAGGCUCCCAAGAAGCGAUGAUCUGUGGUUCCAUAAUAAUCCCCAUUUCCCUAGGAGCAUAAUGCCAGUGUGUGACUGGUUUUUCUAAAGGUUAGGCAGUAACACACCUUUGUUUGGUGAAGGUUCAGGUUUGACUCUCAUCUAUGUUUUCACCUCACAUUUCUCCUGAUUCUCCUGUCCUCCUUUCCACAUAGGAGCACGUCCAAGAUCAACAGCAUUCCCUUCGUCCCCUUCAUGAGCGUGGACCUGAAGGAGAGAUUUGCCUUUCCUGUUCCAUUCUCGUAAGUCAGGAUAUUCUUGGCUGAGUUUAAAAAGUUCCUUAGUAGGUGGGUGUACGGAUUGUAGAAUACUAGAUGGAGAGCCACUUGAUUGCAUUAAUUGUUAAUUUGUGAUAAACAUCAGACCUUUUAUUCUCUGUGGAUGUUUCCCAGGGACAAACUAGGCAAGCUGGCCCUGUCUCCCAAGCAGAAAACCAUCUUCUCCCGCUGGGUUCGCCCUGACGAGAUCUGCAAUAACCCCACCAUGAUAUUAUCUGUAUCCAGCUUCAGCAUCAAACAGGUCAGGCCACACACAUAGCCUUCAAUAUCAAUAAAAGUGCAGUAGCUAUAUGAGUUGCGUUGUAUUGGAAUUGACUCAUCCUCAGAUGGCGCCACUUGUACAUAUGUUUUGUCUGAUAAAACCUACCUACUUUAUGGACAAUCUGCUCUAUACUGAAUCCCUGUCAAUGUGAUGGAUAAAACUGACAGAUUCACCUCCUAUCCUGGUGGUCGGAUGUCAGUCUCAUACCCCGUUAUUGUUAAUCACCUACUCUCUCCUGUUAGACGGUGGUGUCUGACUGCUCAUUCGUGGCGUCAUUAGCCAUCAGCGCUGCCUAUGAGCGACGCUACAACAAGAAGCUCAUCACCAGCAUCAUCUACCCCCAGAACCGGCGGGGGGAGCCAGAGUAUAACCCCUGUGGGAAGUACAUGGUGAAGCUUCACAUCAACGGUGUGCCCAGGAAGGUAACACACACUGCAAAACCUGGGAGAUGGGUCCACUGGAGCUCAAUGUCAUUGUGAGAUAAACUAGCAAACCUGUCUCUGACAGUGUCUACCAAUGGGUUGUAUUGUUCUAAGUGUUCCCCCUCCUGUUCCCUGCAGGUCAUUAUAGACGACUUCCUUCCAUGUGGUCAGAAUGGAGAGCUGCUGUGUUCCUACUCCAGCAACAGGAACGAGCUGUGGGUCUCCCUCAUAGAGAAGGCCUACAUGAAGGUCAUGGGAGGCUACGACUUCCCUGGAUCCAACUCGGUGAGGGAGUUUCCCCUGUGAAAGAACUAGUACUACCACCUGCACUGGGCUCUGUCCAAUAGCCAAGCGUGCAACUCAAUAGUCUGCUUUGGCUACCUCUCCUUGUCUCCUACUGAACUGAUAAUAUGAGAGAAGAGAAUGUUUCACUUUGGAGAAUGUUUCAGAGCUAACAAGAGUUCCCUCAAAUUCACAGCGUGGGCUAAAUUCCACAUUUCAUCCAUCGUGCGUGAUUGGACAGUUGGCUCUGUUCUCCACCUUGUUAUUGAUGUUCUCUCAAGUGUGAUCUCUAUUCAUUCUGUCUUAUUGUAUUGUAGAACAUCGAUCUGCACGCACUCACUGGCUGGAUCCCAGAGCGUAUCGCCAUGCAUUCAGACAAUCAAUCGUUCAGCAAGGACGACACCUUCCGCAUGCUCUACCAGAGGUGAGACACACACACACAUUAAUUCACCCAUGCACACACACUUAAGGGGCUACAUGGUCAAUCUGCUAUGUAGAAUUCACACACAUACAGUACACACGAAGAGCUAUAUGACUCAGAUUCUUACACAUUUUAAAUACUUUAUUUGAAUCCACAAACCAUAUUACAUUUGCAAAAAGAUACACACACACUGAGUAAUGCCACUAAUCCAUCCUCCAGUCAGGUAGUGAUUUGUCAUGAUUACCUUUGCUGCCAGAUGGUAAUAAACAUGGUUAUCAAUACCACAGAGUUUUGUUUCCUAGCCAAGAUAGCUGUCCAUCUCUCACAUCUCCCUCCUCUCAUGACAGGUUUCACCGGGGCGACGUCCUAAUCACCACGGCAACGGGGGUUAUGACAGAGGAGGAGGGCGAGAGGUGGGGCCUUGUGCCAACGCAUGCCUACGCUGUCCUGGAUAUCCGGGAGCACAAAGUAAGUGUUAGUGUUAACGUAGCAUAACCACUCAUAGUUGUUACAGUAGCUUGUUAGCAUAACCACUCAUGGUUGUUACAGUCGCUUGUUAGCGUAACCACUCAUAGUUGUUACAGUAGCUUGUUAGCGUAACCACUCAUGGUUGUUACAGUAGCUUGUUAGCAUAACCACUCAUGGUUGUUACAGUAGCUUGUUAGCAUUACCACUCAUAGUUCUUACAGUAGCUUGUUAGCAUAACCACUCGUGGUUGUUACAGUAGCUUGUUGGCAUAACCACUCAUAGUUAGUAUAGCAUGCUGUGUUUUAUUUGUAUCUGGUCAAUUCCAUUUAAUGUCUUUUAAUUUUUGUAUUUUAUUAGGAUCCCCGUUAGCUGUUGCAAAAGCAGCAGCUACUCUUCCUGGGGUCCACACAAAACAUGAAACAUGACAUAAUACAGAACAUUGAUAGACAAGAACAGCUAAAGGACAGAACUACAUAUAUAUUUUUUAAAGGCACAGGUAGCCUACAUAUCAAUAUAUACACACAAACUAUCUUGGUAAAUAGGGGAGAGGUGUUGUGCCAUGAGGUGUUGCUUUAUCUGUUUUUUGAAACCAGGUUUGCUGUUUAUUUGAGCAAUAUGAGAUGGAACGGAGUUCCAUGCAAUAAUGGCUCUAUAUAAUACUGUACGCUUUCUUGAAUUUGUUCUGGAUUUGGGGACUGUGAAAAGACCACUGGUGGCAUGUCUGGUGGGGUAAGUGUGUGUGUCAGAGCUGUGUGUAAGUUGACUAUGCAAACAAUUUGGGAGUUUUAAUGUUUCUUAUAAAAAGAAUUGAGACAGUCAGUCUCUCCUCAACUCUUAGCCAAGAGAGACUGGCAUGAAUAGUAUAUAUAUCAGCCCUCUGAUUACAAUGAAGAGCAAGACGUGCCGCUCUGUUUUGGGCCAGCUGCAGCUUAACUAGGUCUUUCCUUGCAGCACUCGACCACACGACUGGACAAUAAUCAAGAUAAGACAAAACUAGAGCCUGCAGAACUUUGUAACUUUGCGCAUCAUUAAUAGUGUUCUGCCUGCAUGCUAAGCUUCUUUGCCAUUUGAUCUGGCUCUCAGGGGAAGCGGUUCCUGCAGCUGAAGAACCCGUGGAGCCACCUGAGGUGGAAAGGCCGCUUCAGUGAACGGGACGAGAAAAACUGGACCCCAGAACUUCUCAAAUACCUCAACUUUGACCCCAAGACCGCACAGAAGUUUGAUAACGGCGUGUUCUGGAUCACGUUUGAGGACCUGUGCCAGUACUAUGAUGUCAUCUACCUGAGCUGGAGCCCCGCCCUGUUCAGAGAGUCUUCCUGUAUCCACAGGUCAGUCAACAACAGCCCUCUUCUAUCUCCCACAAGGGUCUGCUAUACCUCUAACUAACUACUAUACAGUGCAUUCAUAAAGUAUUCAGACCCCUUGACCUUUUCCACAUUUUGUUACGUUACAGCCUUAUUCUAAAAUGGAUCAAAUAGGUUUUUUCCUCAUCAAUCUACACACAAUACCCCAUAAUGACAAAUCAAAAACAGGUUUUAGACAUUUUUGCAAAUGUAGUACAAAUUAAAACCGGAAAUAUCACAUUUACAUAAGUAUUCAGACCCUUUACUCAGUACUUUGUUGAAGCACCUUUGGCAACGAUUACAGCCUCGAGUCUUCUUGGGUAUGAUGCUACAAGCUUGGCACACCUGUAUAGCUGCACAGCUAUUUUCAGGUCUCCAGAGAUGUUCGAUCGGGUUCAAGUCUGGGCUUUGGCUGGGCCACUCAAGGACAUUCAGAGACCUGUCCCGAAGCCACUCCUGUGUUGUCUUGGCUGUGUGCUUAGGGUCGUUGUCCUGUUGGAAAGUGAACCUUCGCCCCAGUCUGAGGUCCUGAGCGCUCUGGAGCAGGUUUUCAUCAAUGAUCUCUCUGUACUUUGCUUGGUUAAUCUUUCCCUCGAUCCUGACUAGUCUCCCAGUCCCUGCCGCUGAAAAACAUCCCCACAGCAUGAUGCUGCCACCACCAUGCUUCACCGUAAGGAUGGUGCCAGGUUUCCUCCAGGCGUGAUGCUUGGCAUUCAGGCCAAAGAGUUCAAUCUUGGUUUCAUCAGACCAGAGAAUCUUGUUUCUCAUGGUCUGAGAGUCCGUUAGGUGCCUUUUUGGCAAACUCCAAGCUGGCUGUCGUGUCUUUUACUGAGGAGUGGCUUCCGUCUGGCCACUCUACCAUAAAGACCUGAUUGGUGGAGUGCUGCAGAGGUGGUUGUCCUUCUGGAAGGUUCUCCCAUCUCCACAGAGGAACUCUGGAGCUUCUUGGUCACCUCCCUGACCAAGGCCCUUCUCCCCCGAUUGCUCAGUUUGGCCAGGCGGCCAGCUCUAGGAGGAGACUUUGUGGUUCCAAACUUCUUCCAUUUAAGAAUGAUGGAGGCCACUGUGUUCUUGGGGACCUUCAAUGCUGCAGACAUAUUUUGGUAGCCUUCCCCAGAUCUGUGCCUCGACACAAUCCUGUCUCAGAGCUCUAUGGACAAUUCCUUUGACCUCAUUGUUUGGUUUUUGCUCUGACAUGCACUGUCAACUGUGGGACCUUAUAUAGACACAGGUUUUUUUUUCAUGUCCAAUCAAUUGAAUUUACCACAGGUGGACUCCAAUCAAGUUGUAAAAACAUCUCAAGGAUGAUCAAUGGAAACAGGAUGCACCUGAGCUCAAUUUUGAGUCUCAUAGCAAAGGGUCUGAAUAAUAUAUUUCAGUUUCUUUGCAAAACAUUCUUAAAACCUGUUUUCGCUUUGUCAUUAUGGGGUAUUGUGUGUAGCUUUUAUGAGGAUUUUUAUUAAUUUAAUCCAUUUUAGAAUAAGGCUGUAACGUAACAAAAUGUAGAAAAAGUCAAGGUGUCUGAAUACUUUCCAAAUGCACUGUAUGUGUAUAAAAACUACACACGUAUGAUAUGUUAAGUAUAUUUGUGGUUGUGUGUGUCCCUGCAGUAGCUGGGAUGGGAAGCAGGGCCCGGUGAAGGAUGCCUACAGCCUGGCCAACAACCCUCAGUACCAGCUGGAGGUGACCUGUCCUGCAGGGGGCACUGCUGUCUGGGUGCUGCUUACCAGACACAUCACUGACAAGGUGCACACACCAUCUGUCUGGCUGUCCACCACCACGCAGUAUCAGACAAUGUCUCAUUUUCUCCCAUAGAAACAAUAAUCACUCUGUUUUUGUCCUUUUGAUGUUCAGGACGACUUUGCACAAAAUCGGGAGUUCAUCACCUUGGUGGUUUACAAGACCGAGGGAAAGAAAGUUUACUACCCUGGUGAGUUUCUCAUGGAAAUAUGUGUGUGUCUGUGUGUGUUUCCUCUCUGACUGUCUGGUAUGUUCCUCCUCAGCGGACCCUCCCCCCUACAUAGAUGGGAUCAGGAUCAACAGCCCCCACUACCUGACCAAGAUGAGACUAACCAGCGCUGGAACACACACCUUCACACUGGUGGUGUCACAGUACGAGAAGCAGAACACCAUCAACUACACCCUGAGGGUGAGACUAACACACACAUAUUGUGGCAGGUACAUCUCCUGUCAGAUCUGUCGCUGGCAGGCAAACACUGCGAUCCUGUUGUACUGCGGUGCAGAAAUGAGCAUAUAGCAUGCCUCAAGCAUCUCACAGUAGAGCGUGAGAAAAGAGAGUGGGAUGGUGAAGAAGAAGCAGGAGGAGGAGGAGUGGGGGAAGAUGGAGUGGGGGAAGAUGGAGUGAGGGCUCAUGAGAUGAAGAGAAGAGAGAAAAUAGGAAAGUGUCUUGUUCCACUUAAUGAGUGUCAAGUGUACAUACAUAUACUGUACACACAAGCAAUAUAAAACUAGAUCUGGUGUUUCAGAAUAUGAUGUAGAAUUAUACAUGAAGCAGCCUCCUUUGUCCUCUAGUCUGAGUGUGUUGAGUGAGUGUACGCGCAUGCGUGUGUUCAUAUCCAUGCAGAUUGAGUCUUAAAUUAAGUGUGCAAAUUAUUUAAUUAGAAACAGUUCUGUAUCAGAACCCACUUGCAGAACUGUGAAAUCAGUUGACAGAGAGCUUGUGAGUUUGUCUGCGUGUGUGAAAGAGAGAUGGAGAGGGAAAGACUUUCUGUUGGUUUGUAUAUGAAUGAGAGAGGAUUUAUGUUCUGUAUGUGACCCACACAUUGUUUUUGCUCAUUUAUAUUUCAUAAACUCCCCUUGUCAACUGAGCUGAAGUCUUUGAGGAGCUGGUAUCUGAAGUCUCACAAAAACAACAUAUUUGGCCUCUGUAGAAGAGAAGAAACACAGAGUAGUUGCAUGUGUCUUUCUGAGAAUGAAAGAGAGAAGCAAAUUACCAGAGGAAUAUAUCUAGCCUGGACUGGCAAGCAGCAAACUGGCUGUGAAAUCAAUGCCUGCACACCCUCACUUCUUUAAAAAUCAUCUGGAGAAUUAGUGAAUUGACAUUGUCUCAUACUCAGAGUUCUCAUGAGGUACGGAAGGAACAUGAUUUCUUCCAUCUGUAUAAGAGCUGGCCGGUAUUCUUCCUUGAGUUUCUUCCUGAUGUUUCUAUGUUGUGCUGAUCACAUCCCUGCUCAUUCAGUUCCAACAGAGUAAUAGACGUUUCCCUCCAACAGGUGUACUCUGGAUGCAAGUUCUCCUUCUCCAAGAUCCCAACGCCCUUCACUCAUACCAAACGGGUAACGUUUACUUCCACUUGUCUCUUUCUUGUUCACAUUCUCUCAAUUCAAUGAGUUUUAUUGGCAUGAUAACAAAAUCACCAUCUUACAUUGCUAAAGCCCCCCCCCCUCUCCCUGUGCAGAUCAAUGGCCAGUGGAAGGGGCUGAGUUCAGGGGGCUGUGGGAACUACAAGGACUCGUACAAGCACAACCCAAUCUACCAGUUUAACCUGGAGCGCCCAGGACCCAUGCUCAUAGAGCUACGAGGCUCCAGGUAAGACUCACUGAGGCCUGCAGGGGCCCUCCACACUACUGGGGGCACUACACCCAGUGGGGACACUGCUUAUGGCCCAAUCCCAAUGGAUGGAUAUAAAAUGGGUUCCAUUGAAAUGAAUGUCCUCUUGUAACACAGCACUUUUAAUACUCGAGUGUUCAUCCUGUCCGUCACUGCAGACUGCAGAAUUACUGCAAAAUGACUACAAUGCAAAACUGAAAUAAUAUGCAUGGUCUGCAUUGUCUCUGACAGUCUGACUCCAAUGAUACUUUGUCACGGCACAUCCAGGAAAAUUAGAGCCGUCACAGAAUACGAUUGCCUGGUGUAAAUGUGACCAGACAGACUAAGUCCGUUUCCAGUGUUACUACACUCCCUUAGGUCAUCCUAAGGGCGGCAGGUAGCUUAGUGGUUAAGAGCGUUGUGCCAGUAACCGAAAGGUCGCUGGUUCUAAUCCCCGAGCCGACUAGGUGAAAAAUCUGUCGAUGUGCCCUUGAGCAAGGCACUUAACCCUAAUUGCUCCUGUAAGUCGCUCUGGAUAAGAGCGUCUGCUAAAUGACCAAUUAUUAUUAUUAUUAUUUAUCCUGUAGGGGUCAUCUUUAAUGUUCAUCUGGUGCUCCUAAUUAAAACGGAGAAAGACUCACUAAUGAGAUGACUCACUCUCUCCCUCCAGUCUACAGUCAUUAGCACUGCUAACUAAAUGCUCUCGCUUUCUCUCUCACUCUCUGUCACACAUCAUCAUCCACUCUCAUAAACACACACACCAGCUAGGAUGACUCAGUCACUGCAUUUCCCCACCACUGUGAUGGAUUCUAUAUUCAGCCACGCACAGAGCACCGGAACGCUCCUUUUAUCCCCUGCUCUCUCUCCCUCACCCGUUCCCGUUCUGUCUAGUAGAAAAAUGAUUAUUCUCUCUCUAUCCUUUAUGGAUGUGUAAUGCGUUGGUGCUGUAUUGUACUGGCCUACCAAUAAUCUGACAUGUGUAGCUGUUACGUGGUUCUGCCUCUCCCUCUCUUCCUCCAUAGGCAGUAUAGCGUAGGUUCUGGUCGCUUGUGUUGUUAUUGUUGAUAUGUCUCUCCCUCCCUCUCUAGGCAGUACAGUGUGGGCUUCAGUUAGUUAUUGACAACAUUACUCCAAUUAGGGGAGGGGUGGUAGGGUUAGGGGAAAAUAAUAAAAAGGAACAUAUAAAAAAAAAAUGCAUAUUUAAAAUAAUAUAUUUUAUAAUAUAAAAUAUUAUAUAUAUUAUAAAAUAAUAAAUAAAUAAAUAAAUAAAAAAUAUAUAUAUGGGGGAUUGGAAAUGAUGCAGACAAUUACAUUGAUAGAAGCCACAAUCUAUCUGCAAUAUUAAAGCUGAUCUACCCCCGCUGUCUCUCCCUCUACAGGCAGUACAGUGUGGGCUUUGAGAUGGUGACCGUGUCCACUGUAGUAGAGCCAGGGCCUGCAGGCCUUCCGAAGAGGAACAGUGGAGACUACAGGUAAUCACCCAGGAUACACAGGAGGAAAACGCAGCACAGGAGAUUGAGCUGAUAGUGUGUUUGUCUGAGGUGUUCAGGAACAGCACAUAGUGUUGAGUUCAGUAUCGAUCCUAAUAUUAACCCUUUACACUCAUUGGCCUAUUUAGAAUGUAAAUGUAAAUAUUUCUUAAAGAAGAGUUAUGGAAAGCAUAUGCAUAACAAUGGUAGCAAUUAAAAGGGAACAGUUUGGAGAUGGGACAUUUUAUUAGACUAAAGGUGAGGACACAACAGUUCACCUGACACAAGACAUUACACUGUUGAUUUUAUGUGCAUUUUACCGCAUUUGUUGAUAACAACAUUUGAAACUCUGGAUACAUUCAGUCACAUAAGAAUAUUAUUGGAAAAUGGGGUAGGUACAACAUAAGACAAAGAAAUGACAAGGGUUUGAGUGAGAGGUCAAACUGGUGUCUCCAAGUGGCCACACACCUCUCCAAUGUGUGCACAGUUCCUAAGUCAUUUCAAUGCACUUUUAUGACUUAAGUCUUCAACUACAAGGUGCUUUUUUGAGCUCUCCUAGCUGUGUUGUUGAGGAACUAGAGCAAGCACACUUGUAGCUGUUUUGUUUUGAACACAACCCUGCAUCCCCGCCAUCACACAAUUACUGUUGUUGUUUACGCAAUCCAAAAACGGUCCAUUAUAAAUCACAAUCUGGGUCAGGUGGGCAUCAUUAAAUUAUAAAAUACGAUCUUACAGUAGGCUUUCACAAGCCAAUUCAGAGAAGCAAAUUGUAAUUUUGGUGCGCAUAGAAUGGAGUCAUGAGUGCAUUCAAAUGCGUGGUUGGCAACCCCAAACAGGCUCAUUCUGUUCAGGACAACCCAUGGUAUAAUACCAUCUUGGAACUGUACAUCAAACAUAGUGAUCAUAAACGUUGACACUGUAUAUUACAUAACUAUAUCAUAUGGUAAUGAAGUGCGCAUUUGGACUCACGGGUGAUUGGCUUGCUUGUAUGACAUCAAAGCGGUAUUUAUUAUAAUCCUCAACGUUUUAGCUUUCAAAAUACAUAGUCCUCUUAAUUUACAGCAUUUCCCUCACUCAGACAUCAUUUUUUUGGGGCCAAUUAGUGGAAAGAAUGGGGGCAACUUCUUGUCGCGCGCAGCGCUCAAGUUCCAAACGGCUCGGUCAAAACCCAUACAGCGCUGUGAAGCGGAGACUGAGCUCUGACGUCAUGUAUAGCAUGUUACUGUACAGCCACUGCAUUCCAAUUUAGGAGCUUAUCAGUGUCCAAAUUGGCCAUUUUCAACCCGUUUACGGGUACGAGUAUAAAGGGCUAAAUAGGAACAAUUGUAAAUAUUUUCCUACUGUCAAACUCUGAGCUUGUUUAACUCCAAUGUUGGUAACAUUAUAAAUGUAAACUUGAAGCUCUCAACCUGCUCCACGACAGCCCCGUCGAUGAGAACGGGGGCGUGCUCGGUCCUCUUCCUUUUCCUGUAGUCCACAAUCAUCUCCUUUAGUCUUGAACACGUUGAGGGAGAGGUUGUUAUCCUGGCGCCACACGGCCAGGUCUCUGACCUCCUCCCUAUAGGCUGUCUCAUUGUUGUCGGGGAUCAGGCCUACCACUGUUGUGAGUUAGCCCGGUUCAAAGGAUAAUUGGGGCUGUGAGGGUGUACUGAAAUUAGUCUUACUGCACAUUUACACAAAGGAAUGCCUUGAGUUAGAUAUUUUGACAAAGGCUAUGCAAUGUGUGUGUCUGAAAUGAUUAUUCUGAAAUAAUUGAAGUGAAGAUAUUCAUAACAUUUUCUUCACAUUUAGACCAUGUACUUGUUAUCAGUAUAAAAGACACCUGUCCACAACCUCAAACAGUCACACUCCAAACUCCACUAUGGCCAAGACCAAAGAGCUGUCAAAGGACACCAGAAACAAAAUUGUAGACCUGCACCAGGCUGGAAAGACUGAAUAUGCAAUAGGUAAGCAGCUUGGUUUGAAGAAAUCAACUGUGGGAGCAAUUAUUAGGAAAUGGAAGACAUACAAGACCACUGAUAAUCUCCCUCGAUCUGGGGCUCCAUGCAAGAUCUCACCCCGUGGGGUCAAAAUGAUCACAAGAACGGUGAGCAAAAAUCCCAGAACCACACGGGGGGACCUAGUGAAUGACCUGCAGAGAGCUUGGACCAAAGUAACAAAGCCUACCAUCAGUAACACACUACGCCGCCAGGGACUCAAAUCCUGCAGUGCCAGACGUGUCCCCCUGCUUAAGCCAGUACAUGUCCAGGCCCGUCUGAAGUUUGCUAGAGUGCAUUUGGAUGAUCCAGAAGAGGAUUGGGAGAAUGUCAUAUGGUCAGAUGAAACCAAAAUAGAACUUUUUGGUAAAAACUCAACUCGUUGUGUUUGGAGGACAAAGAAUGCUGAGUUGCAUCCAAAGAACACCAUACCUACUGUGAAGCAUGGGGGUGGAAACAUCAUGCUUUGGGGCUGUUUUUCUGCAAAGGGACCAGGACGACUGAUCCGUGUAAAGGAAAGAAUGAAUGGGGCCAUGUAUCGUGAGAUUUUGAGUGAAAACCUCCUUCCAUCAGCAAGGGCAUUGAAGAUGAAACGUGGCUGGGUCUUUCAGCAUGACAAUGAUCCCAAACACACCGCCCGGGCAACGAAGGAGUGGCUUCGUAAGAAGCAUUUCAAGGUCCUGGAGUGGCCUAGCCAGUCUCCAGAUCUCAACCCCAUAGAAAAUCUUUGGAGGGAGUUGAAAGUCCGUGUUGCCCAGCGACAGCCCCAAAACAUCACUGCUCUAGAGGAGAUCUGCAUGGAGGAAUGGGCCAAAAUACCAGCAACAGUGUGUGAAAACCUUGUGAAGACUUACAGAAAACGUUUGACCUGUGUCAUUGCCAACAAAGGGUAUGUAACAAAGUAUUGAGAAACUUUUGUUAUUGAACAAAUACUUAUUUUCCACCAUAAUUUGCAAAUAAAUUCAUUAAAAAUCCUACAAUGUGAUUUUCUGGAUUUUUUUUUCUCAUUUUGUCUGUCAUAGUUGACGUGUACCUAUGAUGAAAAUUACAGGCCUCUCUCAUCUUUUUAAGUGGAGAACUUGCACAAUUGGUGGCUGACUAAAUACUUUUUUUCCCCACUGUACCAUCUUGUAACUGUACAUCAAACAUAGUGAUCAUAAACGUUGACACUGUAUAUUACAUAACUUUUAUCAUAUGGUAAUGUGAAGUGCGCAUUUGGACUCAUGGGUGUUUGGCUUGCUUGUAUGACAUCAAAGCGGUAUUUAUUAUAAUCCUCAACGUUUUAGCUUUCAAAAUACAUAGAGUCCUCUUAAUUUUCAGCAUUUCCCUCACUUGGGCAACUAUUUUUUUGGGCCAAUUAGUGGAAAGAAUGGGGGCAACUUCUUGUCGCGCGUAGCGCUCAAGUUCCAAAUGGCUCGGUCAAAACCCAUACAGAGCUGUGAAGCGGCGACUGAGCUCUGACGUCAUGUAUAGCAUGUUACUGUACAGCCACUGCGUUCCAAUUUAGGCACUUAUCAGUGUCCAAAUUGGCUAUUUUCAAGCCGUAUACGGGUACUAGUAUAAAGGGCUAAAUAGGAACUAUAGUAAAUAUUUUCCUACUGUCAAACUCUGAGCUUGUUUAACUCCAAUGUUGGUAACAUUAUAAAUGUAAACUUGAAGCUCUCAACCUGCUCCACUACAGCCCCGUCGAUGAGAAUGGGGGCGUGCUCGGUCCUCUUCUUUUUCCUAUAGUCCACAAUCAUCUCCUUUUGUCUUGAACACGUUGAGGGAGCGGUUGUUAUUCCUGCCACCACACGGCCAGGUCUCUGACCUCCUCUCUAUAGGCUGUCUCAUCGUUGUCGGGGAUCAGGCCUACCACUGUUGUGAGUUUACCCGGUUCAAAGGAUAAUUAGGGCUGAGGGUGUACUGAAAUUAGUCUUACUGCACAUUUACACAAAGGAAUGCCUUGAGUUAGAUAUUUUGACAAAGGCUAUGCAAUGUGUGUGUCUGAAAUGAUUAUUCAGAAAUAAUUGAAGUAAAGAUAUUCAUAACAUUUUCCUCACAUUUAGACCAUGAUUGUUGAUUAUGCAUUAUUAUCCUGUGGAUGAGGUUAAAGCAGGUUAAAUUUGUAUUCAAUAGCAGAUAGUCAUUCAGAAUCUGCUCUGCUAUUGAACACAAAUGUUAUGCAGUUUUGGUGGGUAAUGAAAUAUGAAACCGAAUGUCCAGAAAUGGAUGUUGGUAACAACUCAUUAUGAAGGAAUGGAGAUUAGAAAGGGUGCUAUUUGAGACUAUUGAGACACAGCCAUAGUGACCCCCCCCCUCUCUCCCUCUCUCUCUGUAGGUGUGGUUUCUGCUACAUGGAGGCAGACCAUGUCCCCGCUGGCAUCUACAACGUCAUCCCCACCACCUUCCUGCCCAAACAGGAAGGACCCUUCUUCCUGGACUUCAGCAGUGCCACGCCCCUAAAGGUCUCCCAGCUC